AUGCCGUCGCGAUGGCUGCUCCCGAUCGCUUCCCUACUGAUGCUCGCAACAAGCGUCAUUCCAGCUCAAGUCCUCGCUGCUAACACGUACCCGAUCGUGCUGGUUCAUGGCUUCACCGGUUGGGGCCGCGACGAGCUGCUCGGCUUUAAGUACUGGGGCGGACUACAAGGGGAUUUCCAGGAGGAGCUCGAGGCUCAAGGCUUCACCGUCUACACGGCCGUCGUCGGCCCAUUCUCCAGCAACUGGGACCGCGCCUGCGAGCUCUACGCGCAGAUCAAGGGGGGGGGGGCAAGACACAGUAUGGGUGGGCAGACCAGUAGAAUGCUCACCCAAAUGCUGGAGAAGGGCACUGCUGGAACCCCCGUGGAGGAAGAUCCGUCCUCCCACCCGCUCUUCGAAGGCGGACGCAGUUGGGUGCACUCCAUCACGACCAUCUCGACUCCGAACCAGGGAACGCUACUCGCUAACGGCAUCUCCACGUUCGGAGAUACUGCUAUCGACUUGCUGGGGGGUUAUUCACCGCUUGGAGCAGCGGAGGAGAACGCGUGGGUCACCACCCUGGAGGACGUCUACUACUUCAGCUACGCCACGAUGGACACGCACUCAACGGUUGACUGGCUGUUGAGGAAGAUCUCGCUGCCCAAUAUCCUCACCAUGUUCCUCCCGCUGGACGUCUUCUCAGUCUUCUUGGGCAGUCGCUACGGCUCAAACAACGGCUUCUCCACGGACUGGCAGCCGAACGACGGACUGGUCAACACCAUUUCCAUGGCCUACGACUCGACGGGCAAGACGCUCAAGUACAGCGGCUCGUCCCAAAUCGGCACGUGGAAUAUCAUGGCGCAGCUCAGCAACAUGGACCACACGUCCGUCAUGGGCAUCACGCUGCUUACCCAGGUGCUGGAUCUGUACUCGGCUCACGCGAAGCUGCUGUGGGGCCUGCCUGAAACUUCAUCACGCAGACUGACAGACAGCGGGGAUGAUGAAGCGGCAACAGUUACUGGGGCCAUCUUGGCGCUGAAUGCAGCGGCAUCACGUAUGAAGAGCUCCGAAAACCUGCAGUCGCUUUGCUCGAACAAGGCCAACAGCUUCGCCGAGGCUUACUGCAACAAUCUACUGGCGGAUUAA